AUGUAUCACGCAGGGUCAUCUCAAAAUUCAAAUCCUCCACCGCUCUCUGAACUCGCUGACUCACCCAUACCAGCCGAAGCUCCAGCACCACCACCUCCAGCAGCUCCUCAGGCGCCAGCCCCUGUUGCCCCUGCACCUGGUCCUUUUGCCGCUCCACCGGCCCCGUUUGCUCCUCCACAACCUCCUUCGCUCCUCCACAGGCUCCUCUUCGCUCCUCCACAGGCCCCAUUUGCUCCUCCACAAGCUCCUUUCGCUCCUCCACAGGCCCCAUUUGCUCCUCCACAAGCCCCAUUCGCUCCUCCACAGGCUCCUUUUGCUCCUCUACAGGCUCCUGUCGUUCCUCCACAGGCUCCCCUUGCUGCUCCAGCACCCCCACUUGCUCCACCAGCACCAGGAUUCCCACCUGCAUCGUUAUUUGCUGCGGCUCCACCCUUUCUCGCAGGCGGUGGAGGAGGAGGAGGUGGCUGUUUCUCGACGGACACUUGGGUGACGACUCCUAAUGGUAAGAGACGAAUGGAUGAUCUGAAAGUUGGCGACUUCAUUCUCACAGCCAAUCAGACGACGGCGUAUUUCACUCCAAUGACACUGUGGAUUCACCGCGAGCCGGAGGUGAUAACCAAAUUUGUCACAAUUAUGACCGACUACGGCAAGAUGCUCGCACUUACACCUCGGCAUUUGAUAUUCCGGAACAAAUGCGACGAUUACUACGCUGAUCGAGUCGAUGCGCUUCCGCCGAACAGUCAAGCUGUCUAUGCAGAAGAGCUAGAAGUUGGCGAUUGUGUCUUCCUUCUUUAUAAGAACGGUUUUCGUCAGCAAAGACUCCAGGACAUUUCGAUUACAUCCCGAAAGGGAGUUUUUUCACCGCUCACCCCAAAUGGAAGGAUUAUUGUGAAUGAUAUGUUGGCCUCGUGCUAUAGCGAUGUGAACGAAGGGACUCUGCAAACGACUUAUUUCUCUGUUGACCUUCCGUUCGGGUCGGAGUUUUCCAUGGAACUGUUGCGACUCAUUGUGCCAUACAUCAAAUAG